UACGAUUGAGAAAUAAAUUGGUCAAAUUAGCAAUCAAUUAGUCUGCUUUCGUUCAACAUUUUUUUGGAUUUAAUAACCAAUCAUACGCUUUAUGUUCCGCUUGGCUAACCUGCUGUUGCUUUUUUGAAUCUAUCAAACACGAUGAUCAAACUUAUGAAUAAAUCGACGAGAUAAACUCAACAAACUCAGAUUAGUGGAACGUGAUAAAAAACAACAAGAAACUUAAAUAAUGAUUAUGAGAGAAGAAGAGUUGGAAAUUGCCAUAAAAGUUGUCAUAGUGGGAAAUGGCGGUGUGGGGAAAAGCAGCAUGAUACAAAGAUAUUGCAAAGGAAUCUACACAAGGGACUAUAAAAAGACAAUUGGCGUUGAUUUCCUAGAACGAAUGAUAGAUAUCGACGGAGAAGAUGUUCGUGUUAUGCUAUGGGAUACUGCUGGACAGGAAGAAUUCGACGCAAUAACCAAAGCAUAUUAUCGAGGAGCUCAAGCUUGUGUGUUAACAUUUAGUACAACUGAUCGCUGUUCAUUUGAAGCAGUCAAAGAUUGGAAAAAGAAAGUUGAGAACGAGUGUGGUGAAAUUCCAACAGUUUUAGUCCAAAAUAAAAUUGACUUAAUGGAUCAAGCUAUGGUUACAUUUGAAGAAUCUGAAGCCUUAGCCAAAAGCCUUGGAGUUCGUUUGUUUCGUACGUCUGUGAAGGAAGACUUGAAUGUGGCGGGAGUUUUCCGAUAUUUAGCAACUAAUUGUCAUGAAAUGAUUAAAGAACAAUACAAUACCGUAUUACCUUUAAGUACCCCUACCAUAAGUCAGUUUAGUCCGACAUUUCAUUCAAAAUCUAAUGGAACAAUUAUCUUAACAAGACCUUUGAAAAAGUCAUCGAAAAAGAAAAACAUGUUGAAGAAAUGUGGAAUGAUUUAA